AUGGCGCUUCGAUUGUUUCGCUUGAGCCAGGAUGUGGUUACGCCGCUGAUCAAACGUAACUGUACCGUUUCGGCGUUUGAACUCCAGCACAAGAAUCCCGUCCAACGAAAGGUGGAACAAAUCCCGAAAGCACAGUAUGGUGGGCGCCACACGGUGACGAUGCUACCGGGUGGAGGAAUCGGUCCAGAGUUGAUGAGCUACGUGAGGGAGGUGUUUCGGUUUGCCGGUGUACCAGUGGAUUUUGAAAUCGUGGACAUUGAUCCGGCCAGCGAAGGAAAUGACGAUCUCGAGUAUGCCAUCACGUCCAUUAAGCGAAACGGCGUUGCGAUUAAGGGUAACAUUGAAACCAAAUCGGAAGCUACCGGCAUUCUGUCCCGUAACGUCGCGCUUCGCAAUGAGCUUGAUUUGUUCGUCAAUGUGCUGCACUGCAAAUCGUUCAAUGCUAUUCCUGCCCACCACCAGAAUGUGGAUGUGGUGAUCGUGCGACAGAACACGGAGGGCGAGUAUGCCAUGCUGGAGCACGAAAGUGUGCGUGGUGUAGUGGAAAGCAUGAAGGUGGUUACGGUCGAGAAUGCGGCCCGUGUGGCACGGUUUGCGUUCGAGUUUGCCAAGAACAACAACCGCAAGAAGGUGACUACGAUCCACAAGGCCAACAUCAUGAAAUUGGCCGAUGGGUUGUUCUUGAAGGUGGCACGAGACAUUGCUAAGGAGUAUCCGGACAUUCAGCAUAAUGAUAUGAUCAUUGAUAAUUGCUGCAUGCAGCUAGUUUCCAAUCCGCAUCAGUUUGAUGUAAUGAACACAACAAAUCUGUACGGUAGUAUUACGUCCAAUGUGCUCUGUGGUUUGGUCGGUGGUGCUGGACUGUUUUCCGGACGUAACUAUGGUGAUCACUAUGCCGUUUUCGAACCGGGCACCCGUAACACUGGUACGGCAAUCGCUGGUAAGAAUGUUGCCAAUCCGGUUGCAAUGCUGAAUGCGGCAGUGGAUAUGCUGUACCAUCUGGGACAUCGCUACCAUGCGGAUUGCAUCUCUGAUGCUCUUCAUAAAACGAUCGACAUCGAUGGAAUUCACACACCUGAUCUUGGCGGUAAUAACACCAGUACCGAUAUCGUACAGAACGUGCUGAAGCAUCUGGCCGAGAAGAGAACCUACUGGCAACACGGAUUGUUGUACAAUAUUUAA